AUGGCCGAGUCCAGCUUUGCAGAAACACAGUUGAAAAAGUAUGGCUGGUCCCGAGGAAAAGGACUCGGAAAGAACCUAGAAGGACGGAGUAAGGCCAUCACUGUGAAGCAGAAGAAAGAUUCUGCUGGGCUUGGUCUUGGGUCUUAUGACUGGUCAUUCCCAUGGUGGGAGCAUUUAUAUAAUAGUACUUUACAGAAUAUAGGCGAUAUUGCGACUAAUGAUAAAGAAAAAAAUAAAGUGGCGAAACCGGUUGUGAUACCGCGAACACGCACAGGUAUAAUAAGCACAGAUGAAGUACGCUGGGCCAAUGCCUUAUCAUCCUCCACCGAUACAACAUCCUCGACAGCAGGACUCGGGGAUUGUUCAACGUCAGUUUCUGCGUCGGUUCAAUCGUUCAAAUGUCAAAAGAUGAUAGAAAUAGCUAAACAAUCGUUAUACGGGAAUUUCGUCAAAGGGACGAGUCAGAAGAGCACAAUUCCUACGGCGGAAGGGUCUACUACGCAUUCAGCGACACCGGCUCCGUCUAGUGAUGUCAGCAAUGAUACUAGCACUGUGGCAAGUGCCGCGAAUAGCGUUGACUCUGCAGAGAUAGUGAGUCCCAAGACGCGUGAAGGCGAGGACAUUGAGAUAAAAACGAAAAAGAGAAAGAAAAAGGAUAGAAAGAAAGAAAAGGAAGGGAAAAAGGAAAAGGAGGUCAAAGGUGAUGAGAAGGAAUAUAGUAAGAAGAAAGGAACUAAGAAGCGCAAAACAGAGAAGGGAAAGGGGAAGAGCGAGACAGAGGAUGACGUUUCUAUAAAGCCGAAAAAGGAUAAGAAAAAACGGCGUGAUGAACGGGAUAAGCGAAAGAAAAAAGACAAAUCAAAAAUAGACGGGAACGGAAAAUCUCCAAAGACAGUCUUCAAAUAA